AAACCUGUGGUGAGUUCCUCCCGGUGGUUGCUGUAAUUUAAUAGUAAAAUAUGCCAAUGGAUGUUUCGAUUGUCAUGAUUUUAAACGAAAACGUAGCGUAUAUUAUUCUAAAAACACCCUGCUUUAAGUACGAGGGUCGAAAAGUAUUUACAAAGUAGCAUUUCUGUAAAAUGUGAUCCUGUUUGUAGUUAUCGAUUGGCACUGUCUGAUUUAACAAAGCAGGAAGUGACUUGCACGUUGAUAUGAGCUGAGAUGGUUUUGUUUUGAAUGGCUGGCCUCUUAAAAUUUUAAAACAUGACAACAGAAGAAAGUGCGCAUCCAAAACCCGCGGCCACCGAAGGGGCGAUUUCGAUUCACAAUUUCUCGGAGAAGAUUUUGGAACAGGUCGUUCAUUUCCACGUUAUGAAAAUGAAAGACUGUUUUUUUCUCUGGGUCGGGUCGACUCCAAGUCUUUCCAAUCUAGCGGUGGCCAUGUGUAGCAAAUUCGAUUCUGUACCAUUGUCUACACUGGUUCUUGGGGAUACUUCUGACACCACCUCAAAUUCUCUUGCCCAAAGAUUAGCCAAGAAGACGAAAAAGCAGGUGUUCGUCAGCCAUAACAUUCCUAUCACAGAAACCAACCUUGCACUGCUCAUUGAAAACAGAAUAAAAAAAGAAAUGGAACUUUUACCUGACAAAUUCUAGAUCGGUUUAUACUGUUGCUGUGUAUUUUGUAGCAGAAUAAAAUGAAUUAAAAACGUG